AUGCAGAAGGUCAUCCAGCGGACGGCAAUGGCCAAGCGCCAGGCCGCUCGCAAAGCCCAGAAGGCUACCGAGUUUGACAAGGCCUUUGACAAGAGACAGGCUCGGAAAGAGCUGCAAUCGGUCAAGACCCUGGGGAACAAAACCAUCGUCGAGGCUCGCAAGCGCCGCCGCGAGGACUGGCUCCUGGGCCCGCUGGCCCCGCGUAGAGACAUCGGCGACAUGAGGGAGAAGUACGCUACCGUCGACUCGAGGCGGACCCAGCUGCCUGACGUCCACCCAGAUCACAGGCUAAAGCUCUCGCCUUUUGCCGAAGGUGACCGUGUUGUCAUUCUCAAGGGCCGUGAUAAAGGGAAAAUUGGCGAAGUUCGCCAUGUCGAUGAAGACAGCCAGACAGUGCAGGUCAAGGACUUGAACCUGGCAGAUGUCUUCAUUCCCGAGUAUAUGCGGGAGAACGAGGGCGACAAGAAGCCCACCCGGACUGUCGAGCUCAAGAUUCCAUUUUCAGACAUCCGUCUAGUGUUUGCUCUCCUAGAUGAGAAGACCGGCAAGAAGCGGGAUGUCGUUCUCAAUGAGGUUGUACGGCAGAAGGCGGGCUUCGACGACGACGGCGACCAGGUCUACACUCGUAUCGUUCCUGGCACCGAUAUUACUCUGCCCUACCCCAAGCUUGAAACCCCUCCUCCCCAAGACAAGGCUUCGGACACGCUCCGGAUUCUGAGCGAGGAGGAGACCUUUGUUCCCACGUUACUACGUCCGCCUAUGCCACCGUCCGUUUUGGAUGAGCUGCGUAACAAGUACAGCUACUUCCGUGACAGGCAUGAUCCUGAGUGGGUCGAGAAGAAGAAGGCGGAGGAUGCGGCGGAGAAACAGAAGGAACUAUUGGCGAAGAAGAUGAUCACGCCGCUCAAGGAGUUGCACGCAAGACAGAGGGCGGAGAACAGGGCCAAGGGUAGGCAACCACUGCCCGACGAGGCCCUUGCCAGGAUCGGAGAGAUGGUUGCUGCGCACAAGGCGGCGAAGAAGGCGGCAACAGUCCACGCAUGA